AUGUCACUUCAUAGCAUGGGCAGGUAAGCAAAGAAAGAAAGCAAAAUACACACUUUCUCUCUCUAUAUUUUCUCUCUCUUUCUAGUUCUAGCUUAUAGUGUUGUCUGUAAUCUAUAAAAGUUAGAUUUUUAUACUACCUUUGUUGUUUAUGGUUACUACCCAAUUGGUGAAAUUGGUUUUUAUUGUCUAAUCUAUAUAGCAUUUGAUGCUAAAUCCUGUCCCUUUCACUUUCAAGUUUCCUCAGUCAUUGCAGGAUUUGAGUACUUGUAUUUGAUUCUUUUGGUCUUUGUUUCUUCUAGGAUUCCAACACUUCCACUUUCAACAUUUCCUCAUAAUAAUAACAACUGUUUGUUAAAUUGCAUCACAGAACCUUCUUCUUAUAACUAUUGAUAAUGAUGAAUCAUACAUAAUCUUUGCUUAGCAUCAAACAAAAUUGAAGAUUGUUGAGUUUGUUGUGUGGACUGUGGACAAAGGAGAAAAGGGAAUCUGCUUUAUUUGUUGUUUGAUGUAUAAGAGCUGAGCUGUUAGCUAAUCUAAUCUUAGUGUCUAUGUCAUUGUCAUAUACUUUAUGCUCUUAACAAGACUGAAAGGUUUUCACUUUUCUUGUUUCAGAGAGGGAACAAUUUUUAUUAUUAUUAUUAUUAUUAUUAGAUUUUGAUUUGAUCCUAGGGUUUUUGAUUAUAUUCCAUUUUAUGAGAAGAAGGGUUUUAUUUUUAUUUUUUCUUCUUUUACUUUAACUUCAUCUCAGUACUAUAAAGCUGCCAAGUUAUUUGUUCCUUGUUUAGUCCUGCAAGAUAUCUCUUGAGCCAAACUUAGUCAAAAUUCACUUUUCCUUUAAUCAUUUAUAUGCAUUUCUUGAGCCAAUUGCUGAGUCAGGAUUGUUCUAAUCAAUUGUUAUAUAAAUAUAGAAAGAGAGAGACAUAGACAUAGAAAAAGGUGUUGUUUUCUUUCUUGAAUUAAGAUGGGUGGUGAGGAAAAUGCAAUGGAGUUUCAACAUGGAAAUGAGAAUAUUAUGAGUUCUUGUCCAUCUUCAGAAAUGGAUAUCAGUUCUGUGUCAAAUAUGGCUAAGACUUCUUCAGAUGUAGUUAAUCAUCAUCAGCAGCAGCAUCAUUUCAUGGCUUCUUCUGCUUGGGAUAAUCCACUUGUUUCAUUGAGUCAAGCUCAUACUUUUGGUGGUUCUUCAAUGGUUUCCCAUAAUGAGUUUGCUAAUGCUAAUUCAUCUUAUAACCCUCUUGUUUUGGAGAAUCAAGGAAUGAGUAGCACUUCUCAUCUUGUUCAAUACUCAAAUCUUGGAGGCAUGAUCCACAAGAUUCCUUCCUAUGGAAGUGGAAGUUUCUCAGAAAUGGUUGGUUCCUUUGGCCAACAUGGGUCAGGUGGGGAACAUGUAGCUAACACAUCAGGGUAUCCAAUUCCAUCACAGCAUUAUAAUCACAUCAAGGAUGCUGGAAUCCAAAGGGGUCAAAUUAAUGGUGAACAAUCUCAGAUUGAGGACUCUAUUCAUGAGGAUGGAGCUACAGGAUCUGCACCUGGUAGUGGAAGUAGAAGAAAAAGAGGACUUGAUCAAAAUUCUACUUUCAGUCCAAACAAGAAUGCUGAGGGUGAUGGAGUGAAAGAUUCUCCAAGGAAGAUUUCUGAUGGUUCAAAAGAAAAUGAUAAGAAACCAAAAGUUGAGCAAUCAGGGAAGCAAGCUAAAGAUAACUCUCCCAGUGGAGAUGCUUCUAAAGAUAAUUUCAUUCAUGUGAGAGCUAGAAGAGGUCAAGCCACAAACAGUCACAGUCUUGCAGAAAGGGUUAGAAGAGAAAAGAUUAGUGAACGAAUGAGGUUGCUUCAAGAACUUGUUCCGGGAUGCAACAAGAUAACUGGCAAAGCAGUAAUGCUAGAUGAGAUAAUAAACUAUGUGCAAUCACUGCAACAACAGGUUGAGUUUUUGUCAAUGAAACUUGCCACCGUGAACCCGGAACUGAACUUUGAUGUAGAGCGGCUCUUAUCCAAAGAUAUUCUCCAGUCACGCUUAGGACUUGGAAUUGGUGGAUUUGUUCCUGGUAUGAGCUCUUCUCAUCCAUUCCCAAACGCAAGUUUCCAGGGUAACAUGGCUGGCAUGCCUAGUUCAUCAACACAGUUCCCUCCUUUGCCUCAGAAUGCUUUGGACCAUGACUUCCAAAACUUUUAUGGAAUGGGAUAUGAUCCCAAUACAGCACUUGACAAUUUGGGAUCCAAUGGGAGGUUGAAACCAGAGUUAUAGUGUGUUGAAUAUAUAGCCUUGUUUCUACAACAGAAGACUAUGGAAUUUUCCUGUUGACUGCACAAUUUAACUGAUGCUGAAAAAAAAAAUAGAGGGAAAAAAGGAAAAUAAAGGUUUUAGUUGUAUAGGAUUUAAUUAAUACCUAACUAUUGGCGCUUCGAAUUUUUAGUAGAAGAUGACUUUGUUAGAUUUAUCAAUUGGGAAAUGAGUUACACAUAUUGUGUGAAUGUGUGUAAAAAUCUUGAUCAUUAAGAACAAGUUGCAAGGGUAUUUAUUGAUAUGAAGGGCAUGGAGUUACAUGAGGAGCAUGUGAGUAAAGUGUUUGCAACUAUAAUUACUUCUGUGAAAUUAUGUAUAGAGUUGCAGGACUUGGAUUUUUGAAGAUCACUGUGUUCAAAAUUUGUGUUUUGGGAGUUAGGUGAUGUGUGCAUUUUUUUAAGGGUUUCUGGUUGUUCUUGUAUUUGUUCUUUUGAAAAGAAAAUGUAAUGAAUGAAGAAAUUCUUGAGUUUAUAUAAGAAUGAACAUGUUGCAACUUGUAUGAGUAUGACAGAUUGAGUAUACAAGUGCUUCUUAGAA